AGUAAAGAACUCACCCCAUUAUUUUUCCCCUCAUUUUUUAUUUUUUUCACCAUUGAGAGUGCGUCCGCCUCCUCGUUGGGUCGUGAAGCGCCACCGCUGGUUUGCAUCGCGUUGUCUUCGUCGUUGACGUGCACUCGUUCUACGAACGCAUUUCGCUAACCAACCCAGGCAGAGCACGAACGCCCACGGCAAUUCUCACUGCACAUUCGCUGUGGUGCGCCUGCGGAGAGUGCGGCAGAGGACGUACCCGCCAUGACGGUACGGUAGAAGCACGUUAUUUUCUCCUUUUGCUUUGCUGGUGCACGUCUCAACAGUGACAGGUGCGUUGUGCGCCCGUCCUUUCCGCCCACUUAGAAGCAAUUCUUCGCUUUAACCUUAUGCCAGGACGUCCAGAGGAUCCGCGAUGGGCCGUGUUCAUUACGUGUGUGGUGAGUCAUCUCCCCAUGCUUUUCACUGUGGCGCUGCUCAUGCGCCGACAGAUGCGUACGGAAUGCGUGCUCGGCUUCUUCGCGGUGAUGGUAUCCUUCAUGUACCACACCUGUGAGUGCUUUCACACGGUUUUGUUUCUCUCAGAGAUGCAAUGGCACCGUCUCGACAACAUCGGUGCCAUUACCUCGGUGGGGUGCUCCUGCCUCCACCUUGCGUGCCUGGAAAGCCGUGGGAUGCUCGAGUACGUGCAGUCGGCGGCGCUGUUCGCCGUCAUCAUCGUGCAGGAGGCGGCGCCGUGGGACAUUCGAUACACCGCCGCUCCGGUUGGGAUGUGCGUCUGCGUGCCCGUCGUCUCGCACGUGCUGUACCCACGACGGCGUCAAGGUAUUGUCAUCCGCCGCCUCAUCAACGGCCUCGCCGCGUGCGCCUUCGGUUUCGUGUUCUUUGCAAUUGGGCUCGACGACCAACACGACCCCUUCCGCAUGUUUCACGGUCUCUUUCACGUCUGCAUCGGCAUCGGCGUUUUCUUCUUCUUCUACUGCCUGCGACGGCCGGUAGAGCGGAAGAGGAGCCCCACGCUGUCGCCGCGCUACGAUGAGCCCGUUGCGGUGGUGGUGAACAUGUGA